AUGGAUGCUGUCGGCAAAGCGAUGACAGUACAACAGCGUGUACGGUGGAUUGAAGGCCUCUUUUUUAACAAGCAAGAAUAUUGCGCUCUCCGCGAAUGGGAAGACGAUAGGCUAGAAUCGGAUCCCUCGAAAAGACAUGACUAUAAACCAGAGCAUCUGCAGAGCGGAGCGAGAAUGUAUGCAUAUGCUGACAAUGUAAGGCGAUCACGUCAACUGCUCGAUGAAUUGUACGAACUCCAUCCGUCCUGGGAUCCUUCUAUUAUAUUACCAGUUUUUCGUGCGCACGCGCGCUCGAAAGGCCGUGAUCACCGCUCCAUGGCCUGGGGUUUGUACGAAAAAAGGCUAAACUUCCCGAUCAAACUAUCAAGAAAGGAGAUGGACGGAUAUUUCAUUGGAUUCAUCGAGGCCCAAGAUCUUCGGCAUGCUAUCAUAGUGUUCAAUAGCAUGCUUAAGGAUGGACACUUGACUGGAAAGCUUUCGGAGAGAAUGAUCAACCGAGUGCUUCGAAAGCUUAAUUUACUGUACCGACUAGGUACAAAUAUCGAGUCAAUGACCAGCAUUGCUCUUUCCGUAAUUUCCAAUCUGCCACGACCUUACCAUCCCCAUCUGUUCGGGGAUUGGUUGAAAGCAGCUGUCAGAGCAAGAGCACCCGAAGCUGCUGCGCAGAUCCUCGAAAUCAUGUUUCAACGGGGUACCACGCCAAGAACAAUACAUUUCAACCUAUUCCUUCGCACUCUCUUGCGAUCGGAAAAGAGGCAACAUGACCUGAAAGCGGAAAAUAUUGGUUGGGAAAUGGUUGAUCAAUGCGACAAGACCAGUCCGCCCGAAGCCCCCCAUAUCAACACUGCUGAUGCGAUAGUUUCUUAUGGCAAAGCAGAUCAAGAAGGCCGCAAUAACAAAUCCCUGGAAAGGAUCACACCAAGAGCCAACGUAGUCACCUUUGGGCUGCUUAUGCUUCGCCAUUCCAAUCUCUCACAGUGGGAGCACGUGGAAUACUUAAGCCGACGUCUCAGAGAGUUAGGUAUUCCGCCGAAUGUGGAUGUACUGAAUUCAAUGAUCAGAUAUUAUAGCGCAAGGGGAAACUACAACAAAGUGUGGGAGACGUACAAGACUAUGACUCACGUGCCCAACAACAAUGGCGGUGUCUUCCCCAAUGGUAUGACGUUCAGGCUACUGUGGCGGACGCUUCGAAUCGCCCUUGGCGACAAGAAUAGGAAAGAGAAUAUCGAACUGCCGAGCCCUCGGUAUCUUCUUGCUGAAACCAUCCGUUGGACUGACAUGGUUCGCAGUCGAUGGGAUGCACAGCGAUUCCGUGAAGGACUUGCAGCAGAAAAUCUAGAGGCAAUCAGCACUCUCGUCAUGCACUGUUUCAGUUACACAGAUGAUCUCGCUGGCUCUAUUGUUGCUCUGUAUGCUUUGCGUAGACGUUUCGACAUUAUGCCUACCAAAGAGUUGGCCACUGUGCUGCAAACCCACGCCGCUUGGACGGAUUUGCAUUUGGAGACGAAAUCUGUUCGGGCACAAUUUUCACUCAGCAAAACUUUUCCAAACAAGAUGCAGCAACUGGGACGCAUCUUCGCAAUUCUGAAGGACGCCCGCUCAAAGCGGUUGAACAUCACCGAUGGCAUCGCUGUAACUUUGAGCAAGGAUGAGCAAGCAGAGUUGAAUCUAAACCUGCUGUCCGAAUUUGUGCGAGUCAUUUCCAAAAGACAGCAUUCCCCUGAAACUAUUGAAGCCAUGAUCGAUCAGGCUAAGAAGGAUGUUGGUUUGCCGACGUUAAAGAUUGGUGACAUGGAUGCUUUUGAAGUCCUCUGA